AUGAGUGGCUAUAUAAUGGGUGAAAUUGGGAGGAGAAGCACCAGUCAGAUAGCGGUUCUGCACGACGGGGUCAACAAAGACAAUUAUAUUCACGCAGCAACAAUGCAUAGGCUGGUAUUCUGCUGUCUCUUUAUUAUCAGCCUCUCAUGUCCUCUCUCGUCUCUCCCCAUUAUCGACUCCAGGGAGGUGUCCUAUCAGCUCUCAGCAGAUGAAGAUACAAGAUUAAAUGUGGAGCGAUUGGACAGCUUGGGGACAGCAUCUCUGCUGCAGACUCUGCCAAGGCUCCUGGGGGCACAAACUGAGGACAGUCCCAGCAAAGAAGGUCUCAGCCCUAGCAGCUACAAUCCAAGGGAAAAUGUGAAAGAGGCUUUCUAUGGAAGUCACCCUCGAAUUGCUUUGCUGAGCCGCCUGCUGGCCAAAGACAGGAAACAGAAUAAAAAACGUGGGAACCUCUCUGAGUGCUUCUGGAAAUAUUGUGUGUAACCUGGGGCGGUGGGGUGGGGGACAAACUCUUUCCUCAUCCUGGCUGCUUAAUUUAUAAAGAUGUUAAUAACUGUCCUGGAACCAUGUACAUAGAUUUGCUUGUUUUAACAUGAGGAGAAUAAAGAAAUGUGAA